CCAGAUUCCGGACGUUUCUUCCCAGCAGUUAUCAGGCAACUGAACCAUCCUCUCACCAACUAGAGAGCGGUUCUGACCUCCCAUCUACCUCAUUGCAGACCCUCGAACUAUCUUUAAUUGGACUUUAUCUUGCACUAAACAUUAUUCCCUUUACCAUGUAUCUGUACACUGUGGGAAACUCGAUUGUAAUCAUGUAUUGUCUUUCCAGUGACUGGAUCCCACUCAACAAAAGCUUUCCCCUGUACCCCGGUACACAUGAUAAUAAUAAACUAAACUAACAUGUAGCAACAUUGGAACAAUUAUAUUCUCACAUGCAGCAACAUAACUGUCUGUAAACACAAUACCCAUAGAUAACAUCUCAUCAACAAAAAGAAAUUCAAUAACUUAAUAUCCCUAGAAAGUAUUCCUAGACAUACUAAGUCCCCACAGUCUUCUAAAGUAGAGGUGUUUAUUAUUUUUUGAUUAUACUGAUUAUUUGAAAGAUACAGCAUGAAAACAGAUCCUUCAUCUCACCGAGUCCUCACCAACAACACCCUCAGUCUGAAGAAGGGUUUCGGCCCGAAACGUCACCUAUUUCCUUCGCUCCAUAGAUGCUGCUGCACCCGCUCAGUUUCUCCAGCAUUUUUGUGAACACCCUCAAUCACCUGCUCACACUAGAUCCAUGUUAUCCCACUUUCUCAUCCACUCCUUACACACUGGGGGCAAUUUACAGAGGGCCAAUUAACCUACAAACUCGCACGUCUUUGGGAUGUGGGAGGAAACCAGAGCACCUGGAGGAAACUCACGAGGUCACAGGGAGAUCGUGCAAACUCCACACAAGCAGCACUCGUAAUCGGGAUAGAAGCCGGGACUCUGGGGCUGUAGGGCAGCGGUUCCACCUGCUGCACCGCUGCGUGUGACGGAGUGUUUGUCUUUGUGCAGGGUCGCGAGGGCAUGACGUGCUACUACCUGACGCACGGCUGGGCGGGGCUGAUCGUGGUGGUGGAGAACCGGCACGACAAGUUCUACCUGCACGUGUCCUGCGACUGCUCCGACAGCUUCAACGUUGUAUCCACCCGCAGCAGCCUCAAGACCACUGACAGCGUGCCGCCCCUGCACAGGCAGGUGUUGGUGGUUCUCUCCCAGCUGGAGGGGAACGCUGGUUUCUCCAUCACCCACCGGCUGGCUCACCGCAAAGCUGCGCAGCACUCGCUGGGGGAGUGGGCAUCGGGCCGUGGCACCCACUGCCCCCCCCUCACUCCCGAACGUGGCCGGCCUGCACACGCCCCGGCCACUCUGACCCCCCCCCCGGCCUCUGACCCCCGACACCAUCUGACCUCCGCUCCGGCCCCUCUGACCCCAUGGGGGCGGUCCUAGCUACAGCCUGCAGCAUCGCUACCCCCCGUCUCUGUAACCCCCCGCUUUGGGCACCAGUUUUGCCCCCAACCUACCCCCCACCCCCUCAUCGUGCACCCCUACCAACCUAUCCCCUUUCCCAGGAUCUCCCUGUCCUCGCCAUCAGCCCCUCUCUGGAACCUGUCCCACCCCCACAUUGGGAUCCCCUACACAGGACCAUGAGACCCCCCCCCCCACUUCAAAUCAGAACUACUCCAUCGCACUGUUACACUGACGGGCUGAAUCACUCUUGGAUCUGCACUGAAAGCCUCAUGAAACCUGCUCCCUCCCCCCUCUCUACAGCCCCCAGUGUGGGUCCACUCCCUGAUCCCCCCCAACACCCGGCAGCCCCAGCCACACACGGGCAGCUCCCGUCUCCGACCAACAACCAAUCUCUCGGUGAACGUUCGCGCCACUAUGGCUGCCCGGCUCAGUCCCCUCUGCACAGGGAAAUGUAACAAGAGACAGCACCUCCCCUCUUCCCACUCACUGUUACACUGGUAUCCUUGCUGAAUGAAAGAGUGUGGAGGAUGUCUCAGUGAGCCUCUCUACUCUGGGCUGAUCUCUGAUCUCUGAUGUGGGGAUCAAGACCAGGCUGGGCAGAGUGCCCCUGGUCGCAGACGCCAAUCCCCACUGAUCAACUCUAGGAGCCCGAUCCAGGGUUAGAAACGCCCCUUACUUUCCACACCUCAGCCAGAAAAUCACUGUGGACAGUUCUUCACUGAUUUUCUUUUAUACCUUAAGAAACACUUGAGAAAAACUUGAGAAUUUACAGCCCCUUCUGGAAACAAGGAGCAGGUUUCUGUGGUUCCUCGGCCCAAGAGCGAUCCCUUGACUGGGUCUCCCCCACCCACGGUGUGUCCGGAGCACAGACCCUGAUGCUCCCGGCAGAGCCAGCAUUGUGAAUUCCCUACAGACCCGGCAGCCCUCUCCCCCCCA